UCGACGUCGACGUCGCUCGUCUCCCCGACGUGGGGUGGAAUCGGCGUUCGCGCGACGUUCGUAAGCGGAGCGCGCGGGAGAACGUGAGAACGCGGAGGUAAACAAACGCGGCAUGAGCGCGAUACUCGGCGGCAGUGUCGGCGGCGAGACGGCGCCGCCGGCGGACGCCCUCCUGGAUCCGGACGUCGAGAGCAUCCUCGAGGAGAAGAACCAGCUCAUCAGCCGCCAAUACGCCGAGAUCGAGAGGCUGCAGCGCGAGCUUGCCGAGGUGGUCGGCGAGCGGGACGCCCUGCUCUGUGAGGUGUCAAAAUUCAAGUUCGAGCGCGAGAUGACCGACCUCAAGCGGCUGCACGAUGACAGCUUCCCGACAAAGGUGGAGAGACCCUUGACGUCGCACAGCAGCACGGCAGCGAGUCAGAUCCACGGCAACGGCAUGCACGGCGCUUAUUCGUCCGGCAGUCAGACCUCCUUGUCGACGACGUCGUACAUCACCGGUCAAUCCUACAUGCAGAAUCAGAAUUACGCUCAUGGGCUUCCGUAUCCCGCCGCGAGCGUGCAGGUCUAUCCGCACAACACGACGGGCUAUUCGCAGCCGCAGAGCUACGGCACCAUAGUGCAGGGCUUUGGCGGGCAACCGCAGUCCGCUGGAUAUCAGCAGAGUCACCUAAAGAAGGGUUCGGUCCGUAACGGCGAUGUGCUCAAACGAUGUCGGCUGCAGACCGCGUACGAGCUGUCGCAGGAUCUGCUUGACAAACAGAUCGAGAUGCUGGAGCGGAAGUACGGCGGCGUGAAGGCGCGGAACGCGGCGUUGACGAUUCAACGUGCCUUCCGGAGGUAUACGUUGCUAAAAAAAUUCGCGGCUAUCACGGCGAUGGCCAAGGCGGAGAAACGACUGAGCCGAAAGCUUCAGGAGGCGACGACGGACCGUUCGGGCAAUCUCAACGAUCACGAGAGAAUGGUUUAUCACAGUCAGAUAUACAUUCAGCAGACGCAGUCUGCCAACAGACCGAUGCCGAUACGAAGCAUGUCUCUCAGGGAGAGGCGGCACGUGGAUAACUCGCAAUCGCCUAUACCGAGGAGUCAGAGCGGUAGAUGCGAGGUCCAAGUCAGCAGUCAUCAGCACACGAAUCAGCACAAUUUGCAUCAGAGUGGUAGACAUACGCCCUCGUUGGCACCUAGCCCGUGCAACCGACAUCAGCAAUUACCACCGAGUCCAUGCUGGGAGUCGAGCUCUCAGGAGAGCGGUUCCAGUAUCCAUUACUACAAUCCACAGGAAGCUUUGUGCGGUCUACGACAGGAGACGCCGCCAAGAGACUUGCUACGGACACCGUGUACAUCGCCGUCGACGCCGCACAAUCUGCAAACGACGAUAUCGCAAAAUUGGAACAAUGCCAACCAGCUUGGUCCUGGCAGAACGAGAGGUUCCGGCAAGAAGAUCCCGCCAGAGGUGCCGAAAAGAACAUCCUCCAUCUCAUCGAGAUCUAUGGAACCGCGUCACAAUGGUCUCAGUAAAAGCGUAGAGAACGGAAGUUUAAGCUCGGUGCAGAGUUCCGGCAGCGAUUCCACCAAUUGUGAAAGCUCCGAGGGCGAUGCUCAAAGAGGUUCGCCCGUUUGGAAGCACAAAGGGAUUGUGAGUACAGUAUCCGAGACAGUCAGAAAGCGGCAAUACAGGGUCGGCCUAAAUCUUUUCAAUAAGAAACCAGAAAGAGGAAUCAGUUAUCUCAUAAGACGUGGAUUUUUGGAGAAUAGUCCGCAAGGGGUUGCUAGAUUUUUGAUCAGUCGAAAAGGAUUGUCCAAACAAAUGAUAGGAGAGUACCUCGGGAAUUUGCAGAACACUUUUAAUAUGGCAGUGCUUGAAUGUUUCUCUCACGAGUUAGAUCUUUCUGGAAUGCAAGUGGAUGUCGCUUUACGAAAGUUUCAAGCUUACUUUAGAAUGCCUGGCGAGGCGCAAAAGAUCGAACGAUUAAUGGAGGUCUUCAGCCAACGUUACUGCCAAUGUAACCCUGACGUAAUAUCGAGGCUGCGGUCUGCAGAUACCGUUUUCGUCCUAGCUUUUGCCAUUAUCAUGCUUAAUACAGAUUUGCAUACGCCCAAUCUAAAGCCUGAGCGUAGAAUGAGGCUCGAGGAUUUCAUAAAAAAUCUCCGAGGAAUUGACGAUUGCGGUGACAUAGAUCGGGAUAUCCUAGUUGGCAUUUACGAACGGGUGAAAGAUAACGAAUUCAAGCCGGGCUCUGAUCACGUAUCGCAAGUAAUGAAGGUCCAAGCGACUAUUGUUGGGAAGAAGCCAAACAUGGCACUGCCACAUAGGAGAUUGGUGUGCUAUUGCAGGCUCUACGAGAUACCCGACAUCCACAAAAAGGAAAGACCCGGCGUACAUCAGAGGGAGGUUUUCCUCUUUAACGACCUGCUCGUCGUUACAAAGAUCUUGAGCAAGAAGAAGAACAGUGUAACUUACACUUUUAGACAGAGCUUUACACUUUGUGGCAUGAUGGUUACUCUAUUUGAGGUUCCCCAUUAUCCAUAUGGCAUAAGACUCUCUCAGCGUGUCGACGGAAAAGUUCUAGUCACAUUUAACGCUCGAAAUGAGCACGACAGGUGUAAAUUUGUGGAGGACCUUAGAGAGUCCAUCAGUGAAAUGGAUGAGAUGGAAACCUUGCGUAUUGAAACCGAAUUGGAGAGACAAAAGAGUAGUAGAGGCGCGCGAGGUGGUGCAGAGAACAGAGAUUCUGGUGUUGCCGAUGUGGAGAUAUGUCCCUGUCCCGGAACUUGUUCCGACAGAGCAGAGACAGUCGAUGUCGACACGCAAUUGAAACGUUCCGCCCUUAGUAAUUCCCUUUUGGACAUACAUGAGCAAUUUGCCGGUGAAAAGCCACAGCGUCGUGGAAGCGUGGGUUCUCUGGAUAGUGGUAUGUCUAUUUCAUUUCAAUCUACUUCCGCCAGCUCGAUGAGCCAAGGUAUUAAACAUCCUGGACAAGUUCAUCCUAUUCAUCCAGGAACUACGAUCCCUGGUGCUGGUGGUAAAGGAUUGGCUCAGCAACCAUCUUUUUUAGGAGGUCUCUUCGCCAAACGAGAGCGAAAACUAUCGCAAUCUGAAGAGUCCGGCCCUUACAGUCGUACCACGGAAGUAUAAUGUACUUUUCCAAUAACAUAAAUAAGGUACACCUUUGUAUACCUGUUUUCUUUUAGUACGCUUCGUGCUUUUAAUAAGCUAAAAAUGUUUCGUGCCGAUGACGAGAAUCUUAAAUAGCAAUAAUAGUUCACAAUUUAUUCGUAUUAGUAAAAAAAAAAGGUCAUCUCCUCUCUGGAGUUUCUCGUCACACGGUUUUCUCUUAACUUGAAACAUAAAGAAAGUUGAAUUAAUACAAGCAGCAAGACUGCCGCAGACUAUUGUAUUCGUCAUACGUAAUAGUGUAGUGCGUCGUUUUAUACGUACACCACGAAGCGUGCUAAAGGAUAAAAGAGAUAAUGAUGACAGAUACUACUAACAAGUCCAAGGGCGUAAAUCUGAAGGAUUGGGCAGGAUCCAAUCAAGAUCAUGGUAUUUAAAAAGAAAAAGAAAACAUUUUAACCUUAUUCUCCUCUCCCGAAACUGUAUAGUAUUUAUUCAUCUUGAAACAAGAACUAAUGAACACUGUUUUUCAUACUGUAUUUAUAAUUUACAAGAUGCGAUAUUGAAUGAUAGAAUUGUGUGUAGAUAAUAUUAUUACAUUUUUUGCUUAGUUUUACAACAUAGACGAACGUUAAUAAGUGAUAGAACCUAAUCAAGAGAGAAUCGUUUAAGAUUAACGUACAAGAAUUGUAAGAAUAUCGAGAUAUCUUAUCGAGAGUUUCUAAUAGUAUCGCUAUCAAAGCAAGUAUUAUCAUCAUCACCGAUUCGAAAAGUUGUAAAUAAUAGACAUAAAUAAUGAAACGAGUUUGAAGCGAGUUGUCACAUGUAACAAGAAGGAAUUAAAAUAAGAAAAACGAUAAGCAAUCUCUAUCGAUGUUAGGUGCAUGUUGAUGUCUAACGAUUUUUAUUAUCGGAAAUGUGAAGUUUGAAUGUAGCAAUGAAAUAAGACUUAACGUAAAUCAUGUUUGUCAUUAUAGCGACCUACUGGUAAUUAUUCACGAGAAGUAGUUUUUGCUUAUUGUACGUUGAAAUUUUGACUCAAAAGUUGUUCGCGUUUUCACUAAAAAGAAAAAAAAAAAAGAGAGAAAGAGAGAAAAACUGGCAUGUUAAAUAUAUCUCACGAUUAAUUCGUUUCUCGUUUUCUGCAGCGAGAGUAGACGAUAGAUCUAAACGUCGAUAAUACUGUGUCGCGAGAAUAUAAACACGUAAACUAAGAUACAUACGCGAAACAAAGAAAGAAAAAAAAAAAAAGAAAAGAACGCGCAUGCCUUAUAUACUGCCAUGAUAAAUCUCGCGUGAACGAGAAACGAACUAAUAAAAUUACAAUUAAAGUAGAGAAGGUCGGAAGUUUUUCCAAGAGCUAUGGAAUUGUAUGACAAACUAAUUAAUCAUGUAUAUAGCGCUGAUCGCAACAUCAGCCGGCUGUAAACAAACGGCGUUCAUUAAUUUAAUGAUUAAUCUCCCGUUAAAAUAACGCAUCUACAUAAUAGGAGGAGUGUUUAAUAUAAUUCUAUUUUUU